GACUGCAAAUCAAUGAAGCCAGUCACACGAACGGGGUUGGGCAGCUGAAGUUGGAAUGGUUUACGGGCGCUUAUGUUACCGGGUAGUCGACGAUAAUAAGGAUAUGAAUACAGUUAAUAUGCCUAGAAAUCUAUUUUUGUACAAUUUAGUGGAGUAAGGCGGAUAUUCACAUAAACGAUUUUUCUACUUAUAUGAGUUUUUUUUUAGCUUAACUAAAAUAUUCCCCCUUUUCGAACUGAGGAUGAUUUUUGCUAAUACUGGAAACCCAAUAAGGACUCCGUAUCGCAAACAGCCAUCUGUUAUCCCAUCAUCACGCUUCAUGGCUCCACCAAGCCCGAGCACCAACAGCAGCAGUGCAGGCUGGGACCAGCUCAGCAAAACAAACCUCUACAUUCGAGGCCUGUGCCCUUCAACCACAGACCAUGACCUGGUCAAGCUCUGUCAGCCGUAUGGCAAAAUUGUAUCAACAAAGGCCAUCCUGGACAAGACUACAAACAAAUGUAAAGGAUAUGGCUUUGUGGACUUUGACAGCCCUGCUGCAGCUCAAAAAGCUGUGGCUGCCCUGAAGACCAUAGGUGUCCAAGCUCAGAUGGCAAAACAACAAGAACAAGACCCCACAAACUUGUACAUUUCCAACUUGCCUUUGUCAAUGGAUGAGCAGGAGCUGGAGAACAUGUUAAAGCACUUUGGCCAGGUCAUAUCAACACGCAUCUUGAGAGACUUCAAUGGAUCCAGUAGAGGAGUGGGCUUUGCCAGGAUGGAAUCAACUGAAAAAUGUGACGCUGUCAUUUCUCACUUCAAUGGAAAGUUUAUUAAAACACCUGCAGGUGUUCCUGCGCCUUCUGAACCAUUGCUGUGCAAGUUUGCUGAUGGCGGGCAGAAAAAGAGACAAAGUCAGAAUAAAUUUUACCAGAACGGUCGGGGUUGGCCAAGAGACGGUGACUCCAGACGAGUUGGAAUGACACUUGCAUACGACCACAGUGCAGCUGCUAUGCAGAAUGGAUUUUUCCCACCAGCAUACAGUAUUUCAAACAGGAUGAUUGCCCAAACAUCCAUGUCUCCUUACAUGUCUCCAGUUUCAACAUACCAGGUGCAGAACCCAUCCUGGGUGCCUCAUCAGCCCUACAUCAUGCAGCACCCGGGUACAGUGUUAUCGCCCUCUAUGGACCCAUCUAUGUCACUGCAGCCUACUACCAUGAUGGCCCCCCUUACACAGCAGAUGAGUCACCUAUCUCUGGGUAGUGCAGGAACGUUCAUGGCUGCAAACACAGCUGUGCAAGGAGCGUAUAUCCCACAGUAUACACACAUGCAGACAGCAACUGUUCCUGUCGAGGAAAAUGGUACACAGUCACAAGGAGACUCGUCCAGCAAUCAGUCCUCAUAUUCCUACCAACAGCCAAAGUAGUGCUGAGGUAACAUUUGGAUAAGAGCUAAAACAAUCAUGUCCACAAAUGCAAAGGACACUAAGGAUCUUUUCACAGAUUUGCACAGGUUCUGCAAAUGUUUAAGUGAAAAUAUUUUUCAGAGAGAAUAUCUGAGUUUAUUAAAUGAUUCAAUUAUAUAAGGAAAAUUUUAGAAAAUAAACAUAUUUGCAUGCAAGAAAAUGUUUAUUUUUUUACAAAGGAAUGCAGUUGGAUACAAGAAUCAUAUGGCUAGUUGUUCAAAGCACAGGAUGGCAAAUAUGUCUUUUGUUAAUAUUUUCUUUUUUUUCUCUGAGGUUUUUUUUAAUCCAGAUUUUUUUGAAAAUUGUGUUUUUUUGCUUGCUGUAUGAGUGUUACUUUAAGUGUUGUUUUCUUGUAAGGUGAUUUUUCUUAGUACUUUAGAUUGCUCUUGCUAUCCAAUUAAAAUUUGCCUUAAUAGUUUCGAUACAGGAAUUUUCAGACCACAACAGAGAGCGGCAAAAAAUGUCAGCUAGGUAGAGCCUUUUAAAAUAAAUCUAUUUGCUUUUUCCUGCCCAGAACUGAUAGCAAUACAUAGUUAAAAAAGUCAUAUGGAUGUCGUAUUUAUUUGUUAAGAAGGCCCUGACUUUUCAGUCUUGCCUUUUUACCUGAUAUUGUUAAGCUGCUGAAAUUGAACCAUGUGGGUCUGGGGAAUGUGACCGGUCAUGGGACUAAUGUUUUUGGUUUGCUGGUCAUGCUUACAUCUUGUUGGGUGACGUUAGUUGUUGUUUUUAUGGGGUGUAAUUUUUUUUUAUUUUGCAUUUGCGACAAAAAAAACAUCAAACCCUUGUAGUAGAAUUAAGGCAAAGGUUCAGUGAUUUUGGGGGUGAAAUUUGAUAAAUACGUUGUUUUUAUUGCACCUCACUCUUUCACUCUUUGAUAGGUAACAGAAGAACUUGGCACUUUCAGUUGUAGUUUACUUCUCCAAAGAUCCUGAGCUAGUACACUGAGCAUCAUUUGUGUUUUUAUCCAGGGCCUAAGUGAUACUGCAAACCAGGCUGCAGUUUGGACAGUGUGCCUUCUUUUUUUACAUUUAGCUUCCAUAUAGUUACAGUACAUAUACACACAAGUAUGAAGGAAGUGUCACAAAUGAAUUUCAUAAAUGUAGAAAAUGCAACAUUAUAGUAAGAAAGGAAAAUCAAUCUGAUAUAUCAUAGAAAGUCUGUUUUUUUUUAAGCAUGGUGGAUUAAAGCAGGUCAUUUGAUCAAGGUGUCCCACAGUUAGCCUUUGAUUCAACCUGGUGGUCAUUCAGACCAAUUAUCUACCUCGGAGUUUUCGUUCUCCUCUGCAUUAGGCCGGGUUAGCAGGUCCAGCCCGCCCUCCCUGACCAAAUGACAAGCUCAGCUGGCCACAUACAGCUGUUUCCUUUCAGGUUGUUUUGAAUACUUUCUGAUUUUCUUCAGACCUCUUUUUUUAACAAUGUAUUAUUGUAAUCACUGACAACAUGUUUCUACUUGUGUCCAUGCAUUCGGUUUCAUAGUUUCAAAAGAGGUGCAGCUUUGAUGGCAACAGAAUUCAAAGGCUGACCUAAGAUCAGUAGGACAACAGUGCUAACAAAGCUUUGUGCUGUUCACUGGAUCUGUGCUCCUUUAAGCAAACACGUUGUUGCUUUGUCUUGCAUCUAGACAAACAUGCAGCAGCGCUUCCUCUCUUAGUUAGAUAAGCAAAUGUAAAGGGCCGCUAUACUUGAGAUUUCUGUGUAAUGCCUGAGACUGAGAAGUAAUACUGUCUUGUGAGGUUUAUGCUGCUAAUGGUGUCUGAACCAAGUGCCAUAGUAACCUGGGUUAAGAGUCGCAGAGGUGCAUCAAAGAAAAAGCAACCAUCAUGUUGAGCAGUCAUUAAGUUAUAUGAAAAAAGUCCUAAUUUAUGAAGAUUUUUGUACAAACAGCCUGAGGAAAGAGAUUUUCAUAGAGCUAUAUGAAAGUUUUUUUGUUUUGUUUUGUUUUUUUAACUCGUGCCACACAACUGCCAGUGGUAACUUUUAUUUACAGGAGUCUUUCCUCUGUAUUUUUGUUUUGUAGUGUUUGUUAAAGCCAAAGACUUUUGUUUGUUAUUAAAGGAUUGUUGCUUGAUUGUAGAUUGAUGUUUUUUUUUCUGUUCAAUUCUUGGGCAUUUUUUGAAUAAA